AAGACCCGAAAACUCUCUAUAUAAUUUCACGAUUGGGAGAGAAAAAUAGGGCGAUGAGAGUGACGGUGAUGGAACGUGGAGUGUUUGGAUGUUGAGAAAACCCUUCCAAUUCGAUCAUUCUCGUCUCCAAAUCUGGCGAUUCUGAUCUUUUUUAUCGCUCUCUUUUGAACGAUUCAUCUACUUUGUUGCGAUCAUUGUGUGAUCGAGUUUUUCACUGAUUUCCGAAUUUCACUUAGCGUUCUGGGUGCUGGCUGUUAAGUACUACCUGCUGUUCAUCGGAGCUGUUUCGGUGGUUCAAUGGAGUCUACAAAAGUCAUCAAGGUUAAAUAUGGUAACACACUAAGGCGUUUUAAUGCAUGCCUUGACGAAAAUGGAGAACUGGAUCUUGAUAUCAAUGGAUUAAGAGCAAAAGUCAUCACUCUCUUUAAUCUUGUGCCUGAUGCUGAUCUUACACUGACGUAUAUUGAUGAAGAUGGUGACGUGGUAACACUUGUUGAUGAUGAAGAUCUGCAUGAUGUGAUGAGACAGCGCUUGAAGUUCUUGAGGAUUACCGUGCUGCUAAAUAUUGAAAAGGAUGGUAGGUCUCACACUCGGUCAAGUGGAAGUUCUACUCCCAUGAGAUCACCUUUUAACCUGCGCCCAUUUCAAGAUGGCAAUGCUGGUGUUGCUCCCAUGAGAUCACCUUUUGACCUGCGCCCAUUUCAAGAUGGCAAUGCUGGUGUUGCUCCCAUGAGACCACCUUUUGACCUGCGCCCAUUUCAAGAUGGCAAUGCUGGUGUUGCUGAAUUUAUUAAAUCGGUACCAGAGCCACUACUUGAAGCAUUUUCGAAACUAUCAACAGAUUUUGCUUCUAAAGCUGCAUCCUCUGCUCCAGUUCUUUCUGAGGUUCUUACCUGCCUCUCAAAGAUGGGAGAAUCCUACCUCAAUUCUGUUUCUCCAUCUGAGGUUGGUGCAGAUUCAAGCACACAUAAUAGGUCAUCUGACAACUCCAUCGAUCCUUUAGUGACUGAAUAUACAAAAGCUCCGCAAGCUGACAGCAAACAAGAACUGCUGCCAACUGCUGAACUCAAAGAUUCAAAUUCUAAAUUUAAUGAAGUGGGAACAACUGGACCUGUGUCUAGAGGUGUGGGGACCUCAAUUACUCCAGCUGCAACAUCCGUGGAUCUUAACUUCCCUAGUUUUCCAGAUAUAUCUGAAAUCCCUAGUUUUUUUCCAGAUAUAUCUAAAAUCCCCAUUUUUCCAGUUAUAACUGAAUCUGGAGCUGUGACUAUUACAGCAGGUAUUGCAUCAAAUGUUCCUGCUACUGACAACAAGGAGGCUAACGUGGAAAGCGUUGUUGCACCAGUUGCAUCCAAUGAUCCCUCUGUGGACAAGAGGAAGGAGACUAAGAAGGAAAGCAAGUAUGCACCCAUUGCAUGUUCUGAUUGUGCCAAUGAUCCCUCUGUGGACAAGAGGAAGGAGACUAAGAAGGAAAGCAAGUAUCCACCCGUUGCAUGUUCUGAUUGUGCUUCUGAUGGAAGGAAAGGAACUAAGAAGGGAAGCGUUGAUCAUUAUGGUGAGAAGUUGGCUGAUUGUGUUGCAUCCACGUGGAAUGCAGGAUAUCCCAGACCCUAUAAUCCAGAUCCUUCCCAUAUCACUUGUUUGGAUGGUGGGAUAAGCAAGAAAAUUUCUAGUGAUGGUAGGAACUAUGCGGCUCCAAAUUUUGGUAACCCUUUUAGUGACUGCCCAUUUACUGGAAUGCCUCCAGUAAAUAACUCACUUUUGUCUACUGGUGCUCGUCCUCGUCCUCCUCUAUUCAAGAGGAGCUACAAAGAUGCUAUGGGUGGUACCUUCCAUAAAGGUAUUCAAUGUGAUGGUUGUGGGGUUCACCCAAUAACUGGACCUCGGUUCAAGUCGAAAGUAAAAGAAGAUUAUGACCUUUGCAGCAUCUGCUUCUCUGAUAUGGGUAAUGAGGCUGAUUACAUUAGAAUGGACUGGCCUGCUCGUCAGCAUCCAUGGUCUUUCAAGAUGUCACAUGAUCCUAUGCAACAACCUGAGGUUCAUCCCCCAGCACAACCCUAUCCCAGUAUAGGUUGUGGAGUAAGGGUAUGUCAGCCGCGUCUUGAUAGCCGCUUUAUUUUGGAUGUAAAUGUCAUAGAUGGUACAGUGAUGGCCCCAUCAAUCCCAUUCACAAAGACUUGGAGGAUGCGCAACACUGGUAAUGCUGUGUGGGCUCGAGGAACACGACUUGUAUGGAUUGGGGGAGAUAGAUUCAGUGUAAAAGAUUCGGUUGAGAUUUGUAGGGAUUGUGUGCCAAUUGGUGAAGAACGUGAAAUUUCAGUUGAAUUUACUGCACCUGAAUUUCCUGGUCGAUACAUCUCAUACUGGAGGAUGGCUGCACCAUCUGGCCAAACAUUUGGGCAACGAGUUUGGGUUCUCAUUCAGGUUGACAGUUCCCUGAAGGACCUGUUAGGUGAUAGCAUGCCAGUCAUAAACUUGAAUUUUCCUCCUAGUAGUGGUGGGUCUAAAAGCCCUCAGAUUAUAGAUGUGAAUGUUGAGCCUGUGGUGGAUGGAGGCCUUGUUGAGGUCAAUGAACCAGUGAAGCCGAUUGUUAAAGAACAUGCUAACAAGAACCAGGAACUGAAUUUCCCUAUUGAUGAUAACUUGCUAGCCACCAAUGUCGUUCCUGGACCUGUUUCACCUCCUGGACCUGUUUCACCGGAGAAUAAUUCAUCUGUAUCAUAUCCUAUUAUAGAUUUUUCUGAUGCUGCCCCAAUUUCUGGAGUUGACCAGGCCGCCUUGGAUCAGGCUGCAUUGGAAGAAGUGAUGGGUAAAAACGAUGGUGUUGAGCAGUCUCUCCUCAAAGCUCUUGAUGAGAUGGGUUUCAAGUGUGAUGCAUUUAACAAGGAAAUCUUGAGGAUGCAUGAAUAUGAUUUGGAGGAGACAGUGAACCAUCUCUGUGGUGUUGGGGAAUGGGAUCCUAUCCUAGAGGAGUUGAAGGAGAUGGGUUUCAAUGACACAGAACUGAACAAGAAGCUGUUGAGGAAGAACAAUGGCAGUCUCAAGCGCGUGGUCAUGGAUCUUAUUGCUGUAGAGAAAUAUUAGUCUGAACAUGCCUGGUUGAAAUGCCUGAUGUUAUGUUAUAUAAAUAAAUCUCGGAAUAACAUAAAGCAGCAGCAGCAGCAGCAGCAGCAGCAAUCGCCGGAUGUUAUGCAUUUUAGUUUUUAAUUUCUAGAGCGGGCGUUUUUCGCCAAUUCUCUUUUCUUCUGGAACUUGCCACUUAUGGAUUAUAAUCAGCUUUGCUGUGUUUAUGGUAUAUAUAUAUAAUUUAAUCCCUA